AUGGCGCGAAACCCGAAUAAUGCAAGAUCGCCCCGACUCCACAACGGACGACAGGGAUGGGAAGAAGAAAGAAAAGAGUUCCAAAAGAAAGGAAAGAAAUGCGAUAAAAACUCUGACGAGCCUCGCGUACCCAAGAAACGGGGUCCAAAGAAGAAGCGGAUGACCAAAGCCCGUCAAGCGAAACUGCGCCUGCGCAGAGUGAAAGCCAAUGCACGUGAGAGGAACAGGAUGCACGGGCUGAACUCUGCACUGGAUGACCUCAGAACGCAUGUGCCAUGCUACUCCAAAACUCAGAAACUUUCGAAAAUUGAAACUCUACGUCUUGCGCGGAACUACAUUUUCGUUUUGGGCGACAUACUGAAGAACGGCGUUCGCCCUGAUAGUGUGACGUUUGCCAAAUCCUUGUCGAAAGGAAUGUCCCAGAACACAAUGAACAUGGUUGCAGGGUGUCUCCAACUCAAUCCAAGAACUCUUCUCCCUGAAACCCCCUACCCCAAACCUUACCAGUUCAUGUACGAAAACGCUAACGAGUUUAGUCCUUCCAUUGGAAGUGAUUCCUUCGCUCCCGCUUUCCCUUCCAUCACAGACCAUGGCAUGCCCUGCGGCCAGCAGCGCCACCUGUCUCCGGCCCAGUUAUCUCCCUUCCAGCAUCCCGCGCAUGUAAAUGUGUCUGUGUCUAAUCAGGUGAUGCCGUACAACUCCAUGCAUCAAAGGAACAGUCACCACGGCGGAAACAGAGAACCAUCCCUCCCGACAGGAACCAUGACGUCUUCCAACUACAUGCGUUGCGACAUGACGUCGUGCGAGGCGUACCCGUCUAUUCAACAUCCGGGUCACGGUUUCGGCGAAGUGGUUGUGGACAGCACCCAGGACUGCAGCCAGUAUGUCCUCCCUGAGGACCUCGCGGACUUCCAGCCAGAACCUGUCCUUGAACACGAGUUGGGAGUCAUCAGCUCCACCAGUGGUUUGUUCGACGUGAACGUAUCCGGCUGAUAUGACGUCAUAGUAACGCCCUCAUCAACCAGUCCCUCCACCGCACUCACAUCUUUGUAAUUUAAAUGUGAAAUCAUUUAAUUGACAUAAAUCCGGCGGCAGACAUUUUAGCAAUAAUCAGAGACAAUCCACCCAACACUGAAUAAUUAAUACAAUAGCACAGAGGCACACAGGAAGAACGUAUUUAAAUAUUCCUUACUCAUCUUUCCGUGGCACUCGGAAUUGUACGAAGUUUAAUUCGUGAACACUCGCACUGUGCCGUAAACAUUCGUGACGCUCUUGUAUUAUUCCGGGACAAACCGAACCUUCAUGGAGGUUACGGAAAGGGGCGAGUGCUGACGAAUGAGGUUUACAUUGUAACGAUAGGUUCCGGAAUAGCCUGAGUUGUCACGAAUAUUAAUACAUGUAUGUGCCUAAGUGAUUACAAAUGUUACUUGAGUGAUUACUGCUGUUCAGUGCAUGGUAUAAUCAAAGGUGUAUAUUUAAUACCCAGUGUAUAUAGACAUAUUAAGGGGUCUUACACGACUAUAUGUCUGACAAAUGAAACAUAUGUUUUGAUUGCUUUAUUUUUCCAGGUUAGGCAGGAAGCCUAACGUAUAUUUUUUUCUACGGGUUGUGCAAUAAUCAUAUUUACAAAUCUGUUUUAUUUCCUUGUCCAUUAACAGCUUGUAUUAUGUAGUGGUAUUGGACUAUGUGCAAUAAGGUUUAUGUGUUGUGGCUCCUACUGCAGGAUCUCAGUUAGAGUGAGUGAGUUGUGUUUUACGCCGCAUUUAGCAAUAUUCCAGCAAUAUCACGG